AUGACUGUCAUUGAGUCGGUCAAGAGCGCCGUGGGCCUCUCGGAGAACUCCGCAACUCGCCAAGAGAUGUCCGAAGCUCGCCUUCCUAUGCAGUACAGAGACUCAUGCGCACACUUGCUGAUCCCGUUGAACCGAUGCCGGCAAGCAGAGUACUACCUUCCUUGGAAGUGUGAGGACGAACGACACUCGUACGAGAAAUGCCAGUACGUCGAAUUCAAGAAGCGUGUGGCUAAGAUGGACGAGCUGCGUGCUGCCAAGGAUGGGGCUCGGAGCAACUAA